CGGCCCGAGGCCGAGCACCCGCCGCGCCCGCAGCUGCCGCCCGCCUCCGAGCAGCUCUGGCCCGGGGGAGGUGAUCCCGCAGGCCGCCCGGGACGCGAGCGCGGGUCGCUCGGGGCUCCCGAGGUGGCGCGGGGAGGCUGCGCGGCGGAGGCGGGGGCGGCCACCGGCAGCAGGAUCUGAGCCGCGCGCUCGGCGUUCGCAGUCCCCAAGUUCCGCGGCGCGCGUCGGGCGCCCCCGGCCCCGGGUCCCGGCUCCCGCGGGCGGCCGUGUGAGUGUGGGAGCGCGUGGCGCGCGCGCCCGAGCGGCUGCCGGAGAAUAAAAUGUGACACGCACGUCUCCGUCUCCAGCGCCGCGCGGACGGGGGAGCGCGGAGCACCGCGGGGUCGGACGGUGCGAGGCGCGGCGUCCGGAGAAGGUUCAUUCGGCCUCCUACCGACACAAGGUGCUGACCCCAGAGACCUGCCAUGAAACCACAUUUGAAGCAAUGGAGACAACGAAUGCUUUGCGGGAUCUUCGCCUGGGGGCUCCUCUUCGUAGUGAUUUUCAUUUACUUCACCGACAGCAACCCAGCUGAGCCUGCGCCCAGCUCCUUCUCCUUCCUGGAGACCAGGAGGCUCCUGCCCAUGCAGGGGAAGCAGAGAGCCAUCAUGGGUGCCAUGCAGGAGCCCUCCUUGCCCGAGAGCGUGGGUGCGAACAAGCGGCUGCUGGGCGGACGCCCGUCUGUCCCCUUCCGCGCUGGUGCAGGCGACCUGCCGCAAUGGACCCAGGUGCAGGAUGGGUUUGAAAAUGACGAAGAGUUCUUUUCAUCCCAGAUCGGGAGAAAAUCGCAAAGUGCUUUCUACCCGGAGGACGACGACUACUUCUUUGCCGCCGGGCAGCCAGGGUUGCACAGCCACACUCUGGGCACGCCGGGGGCCCUCUCCCCCGGGGACCCAGGCCGGCGGGAGGGGGCUGCACCGGCUCGCCUGGCUCAGAGAAGGCGGUCGAGGAAGCGGCAGCGGAAACCCGGCGGGAGCCCAGCGCUGGAGGACGGCGACGACGGGGACAGGCUAUACUCGUCCAUGUCCAGGGCCUUCCUCCACCGGCUCUGGAAGGGAAACGUCUCGUCCAAGAUGCUCAACCCGCGGCUGCAGAAGGCCAUGCAGGACUACCUGAGCGCCAACAAGCACGGCGUGCGCUUCCGCGGGCGGCGGGCGGCCGGGCUGAGCCGCGCCGAGCUGCUGUGUGCGCUGCGGAGCCGGGUGCGGGUGCGCACGCUGGACGGCAAGGAGGCGCCCUUCUCCGCGCUUGGUUGGCAGAAGCUGGUCCCCGCCGUGCCGUUGAGCCAGCUGCACCCGCGCGGCCUGCGGAGCUGCGCCGUGGUCAUGUCUGCCGGCGCCAUCCUCAACUCCUCCCUGGGCGAGGAGAUAGAUUCUCAUGAUGCAGUUUUGAGAUUUAACUCGGCACCUACACGUGGCUAUGAGAAAGAUGUUGGAAAUAAAACCACCGUGCGCAUCAUUAAUUCCCAGAUUCUGACCAACCCCAAUCAUCACUUCAUUGACAGUUCAUUGUAUAAAAACGUCAUUUUGGUGGCCUGGGACCCUGCUCCUUACUCUGCAAAUCUUAACCUGUGGUACAAGAAACCAGAUUACAACCUGUUCACUCCAUAUGUUCAGCACCGGCAGAGAAACCCAAAUCAGCCAUUUUACAUUCUUCAUCCUAAAUUUAUAUGGCAGCUUUGGGACAUUAUUCAGGAGAACACCAAGGAGAAGAUUCAGCCCAACCCACCAUCUUCUGGCUUCAUUGGAAUCCUCAUCAUGAUGUCCAUGUGCAGCGAAGUGCACGUGUAUGAAUACAUCCCGUCCAUCCGGCAGACGGAGCUGUGCCACUACCACGAGCUGUACUACGACGCGGCCUGCACGCUCGGCGCAUACCACCCGCUGCUCUACGAGAAGCUGCUGGUGCAGCGGCUGAACACGGGCGCCCAGGGGGACCUGCACCGCAAGGGGAAGGUGGUCCUGCCGGGGCUCCGGGCGGUGCGCUGCCCUGCGCCCAGGCGCGUCGGUCCGCACUCUUGAAGAGGGGCUCUUGAGAACCCAUGUGCAAUAAGGUACUACUGUCGUACUCUGAGUCCCGGAAGAAUACUUGAAGAUAUAUUUUAGGCAAUGUAGUCUUCAGUCUUUAGACUGUAAUUUAGUGGUGGCCACGAGAAUUCCUCUUUUUCUAAGCCAUUGAGUAUUUAUUACUACUUUGAAUACAGAAAUGGAGUUUAAAAGGAAAAAGCUCAAGAAAGAUGCAAAAAAAAAAAAGAAAAGAAAGAAAAAGCAAAUGUGUGACGAAUGGGUACUAUACCUCCAGAAAUGUUAGCCUUUUCUUAUGCCGUGGGCACCCCUUAUCAGGGUUGGUUUCAGCUACAAAUUUCUUUCCAUGAUAUACCUGAUACUAUGAAAUGGUUUAUACACCCUUGUCAAGGUACGGUAUCUAUAGCACCUAAUGUGUCCCUUGUACAUUCAUUCGUUAUUAAAUACCCUAGAGUUUAUGACAACCAUCUGAAUUAUCACUCAGAUGUGUUUAACAGCAGAAUCCCCAGUAUAUGUUGAGAGAUGCACAUGUUCCCCAACCGUUGCAUAUUCCCCAGUUCCAUUUCCCAUUGCCCACUGAAUUUUUGCUUUGUUUCUAAAACCAUAAAGCGUCCAUCUCAAGCAGUCCAAGAAAAAGCCACUCCUGGAAUAGCACUGCAAAGGAGACACUUUGUUUUCCUGCAGUAUUUUCUUACUCUGGCAAGUAGACACAGAAUCACUGGGCUGGCUGCAGGGUGGCCCGGGACCAGGAUGUUCCCAGCUCCAGCUUUUGCGCACUGUACCUCCUCGGCUGCCAGUUCUCACAGCCCUUACGCUGUUACACUCAAGACACUUGUGACCCCCUUUUCCGUGAGGAAGGGCUCCUUCCAAUCUAGAAGAAUUUCGGAGCCUUCACUCUGUGCUUCUGGGGAUGCACACCUGUCUCUUUCAUGGGGAUUUCUUUCAGGUCAAUAUCAGCUACUGGAAACCUAGCAGUGAUGUUCUGGAUUUUCACUAAUUCUCCCUACAGACAGACAGUGAGGAACCCUGCCCCUGUUUUCACAGAUAUAUUUUAUGUCAGCAACACACAAGCCACAUAAUUAAGUAAAAUUGUGUGAAAAGGUUGCUCUUUAACAAGAAGGAAAAUACCUACAUGCUUGAGAGGCAACAGCUCAUAGAGGGAAGGAAGGUGUCACCCCAGUGCAUUAACUGUAUUCGGUUCUGUUUUCUUUUGGUUUUAAUCUCAGCUUUUGUCACUGAUACAUUGAAAAACAGGUUUUUUUGCUAUGAAUGUAGUGAAACAGAAACAUUUUGGAAUACCUUAAUUAAACAUACUAUCUCUCUAUAUAACCGAAACAUUUUUCAGCAGUACACAUAAGACUUCUUUUCAUUAAAAAUCUGUUCUCCCUUGCAAGCGUGUAGAUGUCAAGAGAGUUUUGUGGGAAAGUUUUUUUUUUCUUUUUUCUUUUUUGUUCCAGGAUUGGUUUUUUCCUGAGUGCUUUCAAAACUACUUUCUUGAGCAAGAAUGGUUUAUAGAAAUUGACAGCUUCUGUUUGGUUAGGCUAACUCCCCAGAAAUCAGGUUAGGUAAUAGACAUCUCCUAUGGCUUAUUAUGAUAGUGAAGUGUAGGAAUAACUGAAAAGUUUUAAUCAUGACGGUAUCCACUAAAAGCCUAUUUUUAGAACUUUCUUUCUUGAACUAUGAAAAUAGAUUCAUAAUUUUAUCCUACACAUUAACUUAUGUGUGAGCAGACAUGGUCAAGCCACUUUUCUCUCUGGUUUCCUGAAAGACCUUAGUUUUGUCCCCAUGUGGAGUAAGGAGUUCAGUGACUGGAUGCUGGUGAGGUAACUCUGAUCAUGGUGAGUGAGCAGUCCUCCUGUGGCCUUGGUUCUCCCUGGACCUUCCAGGCUCUGCCUUCAAAUGCCCAUGACAUUGAAGUUCCUUUGAUAGCCUUCCUGGUGGAUUUCCUUCUGACCUUCUUUUUAUCCAGGACAACCCCCUUCAGUGACAUAAGAGCUUGGCUAAAGGAAAAUUUAUCGGGGUCAAUAUAAAUAUUCAAGUUCAGAAGCCCCAGAAAACACUUCAAAGAUUUUUAAAUAGCAUUUUGUUGUAACGUGUGUACUUUAAAAAGUCCUUUCAGUCUCACUGAGGUUACAAGAAAGACUGAAGAGCAUAAAGGAAAUUUAAUUAAAAUUUUUGAAUUUAUUAUGGCCUUAAAGACUCUUGGGAAUCAGGGUCUGUUAAACAUUCAGAAAAUGUGGUACACAUAUUAAUAUAGCAUGGCUGGGCAUUCUUCUGUUUGAAAGUUUAAAUUGUUUAGCCUCUCAAAAAUAUCAGGCAGUUACAGUUAACAUGAUGACUGCAUCUGGUAUUAGCUAAAUUGGUCCUAAGUGGUAGUAUUUUGCCAGACAUUGAUUAAGUCCUUCUAGGCUACAUUUACUGAACUGCAAUAAACACACAGCUCUUCUGUGGAGUAGUUAACAAUAAAUGCUGUCCUAUUACAUUUCUCCCAGGCUCUGUCCCUUCUAAAAUGCUCCAUCCACUUCUGGAAGGGACACUGAUAAAAUCCUUAAGGUGCAACCUGAAACCAUUAUCUUCAAUUGAAGAUAAUUUCAGGAGAUCUUUGGUGGUGGUGGUUGUUAUCACAAAGAAACAAAUGUUGACCAAGAAUGACAAGGCAACUUUAUCUAGAUUUUCCCUGACUAGUUUCCCCAGUUCCUCUACCAGGUAUGAGGAUGGGGUUUAAUAGGUGUUGAAAGCUCACUGUCCCCAGGGAAUACCAGUGCCAGCCCUGCGUACCUGACCUUCCCUCCAGCCCAAGUCCUUAACAAGACUGCUUUUAUCGGGAACUUUGUGCAUAGGCCAAGAGGUGGUCAAUUAAAAGUUGCAUAUAUGCACCAUGCAACAUCAAGGGCAUGUAUUAAAAUGAAUAUAAAAUGUAUUAAAAGUGAGGGACUUUUGCACAUCUUCCAAUUAUUGGGUCUUUCCUUGUCUGCCUGUAUGUAGAACUCCAGGAGCCCUGCGUCAGUCACAACACUUCCAGUGUCUCCUGCCCUAGGUCUCUGAGCCAGACAUUUAAUCAAUCCUGAACUCACCAGUAAUAAUCUGUCAUUGUAGCCAUAGUGUCUGGACAAAGCAAUGCUGAAAUAAUCGUUAGCAUUUUCAAAAUUGGGAAAUAAAAGUAACAGUUUGAAACUACCAU